ACCGGAAGUGAUCUCUCACAUGGCACAGAGCUGCUGACUCACAACUCCAACAUGGCCGCCGUGAACGGUUCUCAGUCCGUGUCUGAUGUCGAAGUGUGUGAUCUGGCGUUCAAGGGCGACGUCGGUCGUCUGAAGGAGAAAAUCACAGAAAACAGAGGUCUGGUCAACGUGACAGACCAAGACCGGCGCAUCCCCCUUCACUGGGCGGCGUCCGCGGGCCAGAAAGAGGUGGUCGACCUCCUGUUGGAAUACCAGGCCGACGUCCAAGCACGAGACGACGUCAACUGGACGCCGCUGCACAUCGCGGCGUCUGCGGGACACCAGGACAUCUGCACGGCUUUCAUCGCACACGGGGCUCAAGUCAACGCCGUCAACAACAACGGGCAAACCCCCCUCCACUACGCGGCGUCGCGCAACAGAAUCGAGAUCGCCGACAGUCUGCUGACUCACGGCGCCGACCCCAACGCUGCUGACCAGUACGGGGCCACACCGCUUCACCGGGCAGCGUCCAGGGGUAACGUCAGGGUCCUGGCCAUGCUGCUGGACCAACAGGGGCAGAUCAACGCCCAGGACGGGCAGGGGAACACCCCCUUACACCUGGCCUGUGAAGAGAACUUGACCGAGGUGGCCAAGUUACUGGUAGAGAACCACGCUAGUCUACACGUCAAAAACAAAGAGGAACUGACCCCUCUAGACCUUGCAGAAAAGUCACUGGGAAGGCUACUAGAAAGGAUGACUGACACGGAAUAGUGACUUGUUGCUUCACAAGUCCCGAAUUUUUGCCAUCGCAUUGAACUUCAACAAGUGUUUCGCAGCUUAUUGCUCUAACAGUUACGCCAUUAGCAAUGAUGAUGAUGAAAUUAGACCUGUAAUCAUUCCACAUCCGUUUGAUAACUCUUAAGCAUGAUGUAGAAUUAUACCGGUAGCAUAAGAAGCAUAAAAUGUUCGAGGAAUAUACUAGUAAUCAGCAUUCAGUUUUUGUAUGUUAACGUUAUUUCCAACAAAGAAAUAUGGUUAAUUUCUGUACUUAUAAGUAUUUUGGUUAUUCACUUGAUGUAAGGAUGGGGUGCAAUAAAAUGG